AUGAAGUCAGAAGCAAGUAUGAGAAACCACACAAAGCUAACAACAUUCAUCUUACUGGGACUGACCGAUGACCCACAGCUUCAGGCUCUAGUAUUUAUCUUCCUGCUUGUCACUUACAUGUUGAGUGUGACUGGAAAUCUGACAAUCAUCUCCCUGACUUUAGUGAGUUCUCAACUUAAGUCUGCCAUGUACUUCUUCCUCCAGAACUUCUCUUUCUUAGAGAUCUCAUUCACUACAGUCUGCAUUCCCAGAUUCCUCUACAGCAUGUCGACAGGAGACAAGACCAUUACUUAUAAUGCAUGUGCUAGUCAACUGUUUUUUGUAAUCCUUUUUGGAGCCACAGAAUUUUUUCUCCUUGCUAUCAUGUCCUAUGAUCGUUAUGUGGCUAUCUGCAAACCCUUGCAUUACGUGACCAUCAUGAGCAGCAGGAUCUGCAGGAGAUUUGUCUUCUGCUGUUGGGCUGGAGGCUUAUUAAUAAUAAUCCCUCCACUCAGUUUAGGAUUAAACUUGGAGUUCUGUGACUCAAAUGUCAUUGAUCACUUUCUCUGUGAUGCAUCUCCUAUCCUCAAGAUUUCCUGUUCAGACACAUGGUUCAUUGAGCAGAUGGUUAUAGCCUGUGCUGUUAUGACCUUCAUCAUGACUCUUGUAUGUGUGGUUCUUUCCUACGUCUCCAUCAUCAGGACAAUCCUAAAGUUCCCUUCUGCUCAGCAAAGGAAAAAGGCUUUUUCCACCUGCUCUUCCCACAUGAUUGUUGUCUCCAUCACCUAUGGAAGCUGCAUCUUCAUUUACAUUAAACCUUCAGCCAAAGAGGAAGUGGACAUCAAUAAGGGUGUGUCAAUACUCACUACUUCCAUUGCACCAAUGCUAAACCCAUUUAUAUAUACCCUGAGAAACAAACAAGUAAAACAUGCACUCAGUGACUCAAUCAAAAGAAUUGCAUUCUUCUCAAAGAAAUAG